AUGGCAACUUUUCUUGUAGUGCAGGUCGGUGAGAUUCCGAGCGACUUCCCUUUUGAAAUCAACAAAACGGAUGGGUUUGCCGACGUUACUCUUACGAGAAGUUUAAGAGGGGAGCAAAUCGAGGUCCUGGUUUCCAUGCCCACGCUUGACCAGGAUGAGGAGGAUGACUCGUCGUCUUUCGAUGGGGUUGAAAUCGACGCCUUAUCCAUGAAACAGCAAACACCGGGGGUUGUUGCGGCUGUUCUAGAGGACGAUGAAGAUGACCAGGUUUAUGAAUUCAGUCAGCUAGAAGAGAACCUGCAGCAGGAACUCUACAAGUAUCUGGAGCUGCGCGGGAUCACUCCCUUGAACGCAAAGAUUUUGCACGAGCACAUGAUCAACACGGACCGACGUCGGUAUCUCCUCUGGCUAGCCAAGUUGUCGGAUUUUGUCAAGAAAGACUGA